AUGUCGGACGAUCUUUCUUAUUCAAACCCCGAAGAAGAGUCAGAAAUAAAAUUUCAUUAUGUAUUACGUACUUCAUUAAUUCCAAGAAGACGUUUAUUUUGGGAUUUAAUGGCAAAAUUAACUAUACCAUUAAGUUUAUCAUUUAUUGUGUUAUUUUUUUUAUUUGAUUAUUAUGUUGAAUGUAAUUCCGAUGUUUGUUCUGCAUUGGAUUCUUACCAUUCAUCGGUAUUUACAUGUUGUGGUGAUUUUGAUGCGGAUAGUUGUGGAACAAUAAUCCAUGAUUGUGCUGCUAUUAGUGAUUUAGCGUCAUUUUUUAGUGUAAAUUUAACAUCUGAUGAAAGAAACGUUGUACGUGAAUUGUUCAAAGUUGAGGACUUAUAUAAAAGCACUCAAAAUCAAACAUUUAAUUUUUUUUUUAUUUAA